AUGUCGGAUAAAGAGGUAACAAAAUUAUGUGGUAUAUGUGGUGAUAAAGCGCAUGGUUACAAUUUCAAUGCCGUUACAUGUGAGUCAUGUAAAGCAUUUUUUCGAAGAAAUGCAUUGAGAAAAAAAGAAUUUAAGUGUCCAUUUGAAGGCAAUUGUAAAAUAGAUUCUGUGACCCGAAAAUUCUGUAAAAAAUGUCGAUUAAAAAAAUGUUUCGAUAUUGGAAUGAAAAAAGAAUGGAUUCUUUCGGAAGACGAGAAGCAAACCUUAAGGAAUAAGAUCGCAGAGAAUCGCCGAAAACGGACCAACUCUUCAAAAGUGGCCAAAGUUGCCGACUCUACGACCACUACCUAUCAAUUUCCAAAUGUCGUACAACUUAUUCAUCACAAUCCAAGCGCUUAUGAUAUGACUUCAAGUGAUGGACCAGUAGUAACACAAUCACCUGUAAAGAUAAGCGCACAACAAGACAUUGAAAUGAAUUCAAUUAUCAAAUACGCUGACAAUUCAAUGAUCACAAGUUCAACGGUUGAACCAAAAUAUAUGCCAGAAUUGCAACAGGUAUUUGCAGAGGCCAGUCAUAAUUGCUCUGUUAUGCCAUCAUAUACUUCAAAUCCACUCAAACCCUUCAACAUUGAAUUGUCUGAUUGUACAAAAUGUGUGAACAAUUUGAAUACAAAAAAUGAUGAUUUCACACACAUUACAAAUUUAGAUAACAAUUAUAUAAAUAUUACAUCUGAAGUACAAACUAAUUCAAAUCAGUGCUCUGUCAUCACCGAUGCCUCCAUAGAGACCAUUAAAAAUAUAUGUAUUGAAAGUAUAGGCGCUUUUGCUUCAAAACCAAAUGAAAUGAAGACUGAAAUGAUUGAAAAUAACAACAAAUAUAAUGGAAUUUCUGACUCUGUUUAUCAAAAGGCUAUUGAAAUGGAGUUCUCGUCCAUACCUUUCAAAGAGUUCUCAGUCGAAGAGUUUAACCGAUUUGAGUCUUUUAGGAUCAAUGAAUUGAGAACAGCUAUCAUUGAUCUUAAUAAUCGUGUUUAUGGAAAAUGCAAUAAUAAUUAUCAAAUUACUAAUGAAGUCAAUGAUGUUAUUGAUGUGACUAAACUAUUGGCUAUGAAAUGUGAUCAAGCAAUUAGAAAAUUAGUAGUUAUGUCUAAAAAGAUAAAUUCAUUUGGAUCAUUAUGUCAGCAUGAUCAAAUUGCACUCAUGAAAGCCGGGUGCUUUGAAAUGCUUAUCAUUAGAUCCAUUCAAAAUUAUAACUAUGAACACGAUUAUUGGGCAGUUAUUAUGGACCAGAAUAAUGUAACUAAAUUGAAACUUGAAGUUUUUAAACAAUAUCAAAAAGGAAAUUUAUAUGAAGCUCAUAGAAAAUUUAUGCAUACAUUUAAAGAGGAAUGGGAUAAAGAUCAUACUGUCCUAGAUUUGUUAACGGCAAUAUUAUUGUUUACACCGGAACGACCAAAUAUAAUGCAUAGAGAGAUAAUUAAACUCGAACAGCAAACAUAUAUGUAUUUACUUCAACGCUAUUUGAUAUCAAAAUAUCAGAAUAAAUGUGAAGCGAAACUGAAAUUCUUGCGAUUAAUGAGUAAUUUAGAAGAAUUACAUAUUCUUAAUGAAAAACACGUAAAAAUAUAUCUAGAAGUCGAUCCUCAAGACGUGGGACCACUUCUUAUUGAGAUUCUUGAUCUCAAUCCUUACACCAAUAGUACUCUACAAGUGUUGUAACAAAAAUUACAAUAAUUUUUGGAUUUAUAGCAUUUAAAUAAAUUAAAGAUUAAUCAUUUAAUUUAUAUAGUUUAAUAACUAACACUUUUUAUA